CGCGGCUGAAGAAGUGGGAGGCCAGGAAGCCGGUGAUCAAUCGUGAGCCUCUGUAAUCUUUUACCCAUCUGGAUCUGCGCUGACAGACAGCUCCCACGGACUAUCUCAGAGUUGUCAGUCUGAUGGCGGAGUAAGUCAUCUAUCUCAACCGGCCCACACGUAUCUGACCUUCAAACAGGGACAUCGCAAACAUGCGGAGUCAGCUCUUGUCCCUGGGUGUCCAAGUGCCAGAAAUGAGGUAUGCGUUUGAACCGAACCAGACCCAACGUAGCUCCGGCCACGUACCUGCCGCAGGCGACUAUGCUCAGCAGCCUGUACGUCACGCUCCCGAAAACGCUUAUACCGACCAUCGUCAUGAGUAUGGCAGCCACUCAGCCUCGAGGAAGCGAAAACGAGACGAUCCACUCCCAAUGUCAGACGAUGAGGGCCAGGAGCCGAGGCAGCACUACGACCUUGCCAGUCGCGAUCUGAUGCCGCCACCGCUUCACAUUGCACACCCUCAGGCGCUCGCUCAUUACGGUGCUACGACGUUCAAUGGGUACGAUGCUAAUGGACGACACGCGCCUCAUCAACCCGUUGUGCAGACCUAUGGAAGUGACGGAUGGCGAGCACCGGUUGAUGGAAUGUAUCAAUCCGGUUAUGCGCCAAGUCGCCAAUCGCAUUCGUCAUUUGUCCAAAGGCCGGUGGCGAACAACCAGAACCGCAGUCCGUUUUACAUCCCAUCUCGAGCGGAACCGAUGAGAGAUCCUUCACAGGAUGUUAGACAGUCACUUCGAACUCUUCCCACCCUUCUCCAGAAUCGUCAGACAUUAGCGUCUUCCCGCACGCCGCGAGCCCUGGCAACACCAUCCCCCCACAAAGGACAAGCCGUCUUCGAGACUUCCGUUGCCAGCCCGUUCUUCACGAGGCAAAUACCUGGAGGUGACGGCUCUGUCAUGCGUCCUCCCUCGCGUAGAAGCCACAUUUCACAACCAUAUCAUGCAUCGCAACAACAUACGAGUCGACCAAAUGGCCAACAGCCAUAUCCGUCGCAGCACACACUACAAUCCGACUUCCGGACGAACUCAGCGAGACAUCCGCAAUCCACUCUUCGUCCGCGCUCUCGCUCGCCUCUGCGCCAGACUUUUGCAGCUCCGCAGUACCAGCAACAACCUUUUAUACCGCAGACGCCUCGGAACGCUCAAGGGCUGUUCUCGCGCCCAGAUCGUCCUCCGCCGUCGACUACACAGGCAUCGAAUGCGAUACGACCGAAUGUGCACACCAAUCGAGUCUUGCAUCAAUCGCGCCAACGCUCAACAAGACCGGGUACGAUCAAUCCCGAUUCAGCUCUGAAUCAGUUCCCAGGUGUACGAGGAGUACACUCGCAGCGCGGGAUGCCGGCUUAUGAGCGGCCAGGGUUUGCUCCGCAAGGCUCCUUAUCCACUGCAGGAGGGAGGCGGAGUAUACGCCGCUGAGAGUGCAAUGGUUUACGGCACCUCCCACUCCAUAGCUGAUAGGCCUUGGCCUGAGUGGCUGGACUGGGGUUCAGCAUGGCCUACCUGACUGAGUACUCGUCAAUUUAGCCCUGUCUAAGGAUGUCUCUUUGUGCCCGACAAGCCGAGCCGUAACCACAAUCCAGGCCCACGAG